AUGUGGACGACCACUAGCGGCUUGAGUGGUCGGUCGCUCCGGGUGAGCAUCACCUUCGCCGCAGUCAUGGGUUUCUCGCUCUUCGGUUACAACCAGGGCAUGAUGGCUGGCCUGCUCAACGGUGAAGAAUUCGUCAACUCCUUUCCGAUUCUCAAGAUGCCCGCCGAACCAACCGCAUCGCAAAAACACUACAUCGACGUCAUCCGUGGUGCAGUUACUUCCUGCUACGAGCUUGGCUGCUUCUUCGGCGCCUUGUUCUCCAUGUUCCUCGGUGACAAGCUCGGCCGUACUCGUUUGAUCUUCAUGGGCGCUAGUGUUUUGAUCAUUGGUGCUUUGAUUACAACUGUCUGCUAUACUGGAAAGUGGGAAGUCGGCCAAUUCGUCAUCGGUCGUGUUGUCUCGGGUAUUGGAAACGGCAUGAACACGGCCACUAUUCCCGUCUGGCAAUCGGAAUGUUCCGGUGCUCACAACCGUGGCUUCUUGGUUUGCUUCGAAGGUGCGAUGAUUGCUGGUGGUACCUUUAUUGCCUACUGGGUCGUCUUUGGUCUUUCCCACGCCGCCGAUACUGUUCAGUGGCGAUUCCCUGUGGCGCUUCAGAUCUUUUUCGCUCUGGUUGUGGCCGCUGGUGCUCUGCUGCUCCCUGAUACACCGUCGUGGUUUGUCAUGAGAGGACUGGACAAGGAGGCCUGCGAGGUCCUUGGUAAGCUCAAGAAUCAGGCUCCUGAUUCCGAUCAAGUUCUUCACGACUUCAAUUUCUUGAAGGCCGACAUGGAAUCCUCCAAGAGUGUCCAAUCAAGCUGGAAGACUGUCUUUACAUUCGGAAAGACUCAGGAAUUCCAACGCCUUCUUAUUGGUUGCUCUGGUCAGUUUUUCCAGCAAUUCACUGGCUGCAAUGCCGCCAUCUACUACUCGACGCUACUUUUCCAAGAGAACCUCGGAAUGGAAAAGUACCUAUCACUCAUCAUGGGUGGUGUGUUCGCUACUGUUUACGCCAUUGCAACUAUCCCGUCCUUUUUCAUGAUUGAAAGACUCGGCCGCCGCAACCUAUAUUUGAUUGGUUUCCUCGGCCAGGGACUGAGCUUUGUCAUCACUUUUGCUUGCUUGAUCAAGGAAACCGAGGAGAAUUCGAAGGGAGCUGCUGUUGGUAUCUUCCUCUUCAUCGUUUUCUUCGCAUUCACUCUGUUGCCCCUGCCCUGGAUCUACCCUCCCGAGAUCAACCCCCUCCGUACCCGUACCGUCGGCGCUUCAGCCUCGACCUGCACAAACUGGAUUUGCAACUUCGCCGUGGUCAUGUUCACUCCGCUAUUCGCUGGUCAGAGCCCAUGGGGUGUCUAUCUCUUCUUCGCACUGUUCAACUUUGUUGGUCUGAUUUUCGGCUUCUUCUUCUAUGUUGAAACGGCCGGCCGUCAGCUUGAGGAGGUCGACCUCAUCUACGCCAAGGCCCAUGUCGAAGGGAAGAUGCCAUUUAGGGUCGCCGGCGACAUGCCCAAGCUCACUUUCGAGGAGAUCGUUCAGCAGUCUCGCGAGCUUGGCCUGGAUACCAGCGACCACAGCGCUCAUGAGAAGAACGAGCUUGGUCUCAGCAGCGACAGUGGCCAGGAGACUGAGGAGGUCCAGGAGAAGCACCACUAA